AUGCUGCUGCUCUUCCUGCUCCUCGUGGACGGUAAGAAGCUCACUGUGAGCAUCAAACAGGCACAAAGUCUCACUGUGUGGUGUUUAUGUGAUGAUCUGUGGAUCCAUUUCUUACCAAGUUUAUUAUUUUUACUCUGUUUCCUCACAGUUUCCCAGCAUGCCUCAGGUGUGGAGGUGUUUGAGGGGGUGGAGUCUGUCCUGCUGCCAUGCCGGGAUUCUUCUGUACCUUGGAGUGCCACGCUGGUGUGGAGCCGCUACGACCUCAAUCCUCCAAUCAUACAUCAGCGUAGCAGAGCAGGUGAUAAACUGAGUGAUCAGCACAGACGUUACAGAAGCCGAACAUCCGUGAAGACCAACGCUCUGCAGAUCGGAGACUUCAGCCUGACUCUGAGGAAACCCCGCCUCUCUGACAGCGGCACCUACACCUGCACCGUCACAGCAUUCGGAAACACACGCACACUGACAACUGUACAGCUACAGGUCAAAGUGUCCCACCAAGUCUUCACUGUGGAGGUGUACCAGGGGGCGGAGUCAGUACUGCUGCCCUGUGAGAUGCCAUUUAUAACAGGACUCGCCACAGCGGUGUGGAGCCGCUACGACCUCAGUCCUUCAACCGUCCACCAGCAUCAGCAGGCAAGAGAGGAACAAAACAGGCGUUACAGCAGCCGAACAUCCAUGAAGAUCGACGCUGUGAUGACCAGAAACUUCAGCCUCACUCUGAGGAAACCCGACAUCUUUGACAGCGGCAACUACACCUGCACCAUCAGAGAGUUUGGAGAAAAGCCGAGACUGUCAGAUGUUCACCUGCAGGUCAAAGAGCCCUACACUUUUCCGGCUGAGGCCUGGGUUCUGCUGGCUGUUUUGGCUGCUGUUUUGGCUUUUGCACUUGGUGUAAUUGUGCGUCUUGCAGUACAUUUAAGAAGAUCACUCAACAAAGUGCCUUGGGUGGAGGUGGAUUCAGGGGUGGAGACAGUCUACUUACUCUGUAAAAUCACAGUUCCCCUGCCUGAAGAUGCUACAGUAGAGUGGACCAACACAUACAUGAAGGUCCACGUGUAUAAGAACAGCUCUGACCAGCCUGGAGAACAGAGCUGUUUCUACAGAGGCCGAACGAAGAUGAAUGAAGACCCGCUGAGAACUGGAGACCUCAGUCUGACCCUGAGACAGCCCACAGAUGGAGACACAGACACCUACACCUGCACCGUCUACAGCAGGGAGGGAAAAAACCUGAUGGAGAAACAAGUGGAGCUGAAAGUCAGAGUCCCCCAGGAUGUGGAGGUGGAUUCAGGGGUGGAGUCUGUCCAGCUGCCCUGCACGACCACAGUUCACCUGCCUGAAGAUGCUAAAGUGGAGUGGAUGGACAGAGACAACAGGAAGGUCCACGUGUAUCAGAGCGGCUCUGACCAGCCUGAAGAACAGGACCACCGUUACAGAGACCGAACAAUGAUCAAUAAAGAACCGCUGAGAACUGGAGACCUCAGUCUGACCCUGAAAUACCCCACAGACCACGACACAAACACCUACACCUGCACCGUCUACAACAGGGAGGGAAACAUCCUGAUGAAGAAACAAGUAGAGCUGAAAGUCAGAGGGAGAGCUCAGGUCCAGGAUCAAACAAGGAUCAUCAGGAACAGAAGCAGCUCCAUUGAUCCGACUUCUCUGAUGGCUGAUCAAUCAGUUUGA